CCGGACCGGCACAUCCACAUCCGGGAGUCUGGUUGCCUGUGGCUGUUUUGUUUUCUUGCAGAACUGGAGUGAACAGAGGCUGCCAAACGCGCCGCGACAUCGGACUUGGACUGACCUGAAAAGAUGUCUGGAUUUCUAGAAGGCUCCAGGUGCUCCGAGUGCAUGGACUGGGGGGAGAAGCGGAACACAGUUGCCUCCAUCGCCGCUGGCGUUCUCUUUUUCACAGGAUGGUGGAUCAUCAUAGACGCGGCUGUAAUGUACCCCAAUAUGGAGCAAUUCAACCACUCAUACCAUGCUUGUGGCGUCAUAGCAACCAUAGCCUUCCUCAUGAUUAACGCAGUAUCGAAUGGACAAGUACGAGGUGACAGCUACAGCGAAGGCUGUCUGGGCCAGACAGGAGCUCGCAUCUGGCUCUUCAUCGGCUUCAUGUUGGCUUUCGGAUCCCUGAUUGCAUCCAUGUGGAUUCUCUUUGGAGGUUAUGUUGCUAAGGAAAAGGCCAUAGUGUAUCCUGGAAUUGCUGUAUUUUUCCAGAAUGCCUUCAUCUUUUUUGGGGGCCUGGUUUUUAAGUUUGGCCGCACAGAAGACUUGUGGCAAUGAGGACCCCCACUUCUGCAGCACAACCGCCCCACCCCCACUUCUGCAGCAUGGCCGCCCUGCGUGGGAUGUUUUUUCUCUGCUCGCCCAAUCUUUUGUAAUACUGUUUUCUAAACUUACCUCUGAGUAUAAUCUCAGCUUAAAAUCGUACAACGCUAGAAUCAUUGAGAACUCCUAUGUAAACUGCAACGGCCUCGUGUGGCGUGAGCCCCAUCAGCUUCUACCACAGGCAAGGAAAUUGCUGGCGGGAGACACUCCGCCAGCUUCUGUCAUGGUCUGAAGAGUUGGUUAUGGAGAAAUGGUGGAGCCUUUGGGGUGAGGAUUCGCUCUGGGGUCCAAAGUGUUUACUAACUCGGCGUCUCCCGUGUCUGGUGUUGAAUAAUGUGUAAACAUUUUCUUGUUAUUAAAAAACUAUUUGGUGGUGA